AUGGCUACGGUAGACAUUCGACAAAAUGUUUUUUAUGAGGCCUUUGAAUAUUCCUACAACUAUGGAUCAUACAUAGAAAAUGUUAUGUUGGUUACAAAAGGGAGGCAAUUAGGGUAUGGGUGCAAUCUUAAACUUGUGAGGAGCAUAGAUCUUUCAAGCAAUAACUUAUUUGGAUCCAUUCCUGUUGAGCUAUUUGGUCUUUUUGGAUUGCGUUUUUUAAAUGUGUCUCAUAAUUGCUUGGUUGGAGAGAUACUGGAGAAUAUUAGCGGAAUGACAACACUGGAAUGUUUGGAUCUCUCGAAAAAUGAUCUUUCUGGCAAAAUUCCACAAAGCAUGUCCAAUUUGACAUCUCUUAAUUGUUUAAACUUGUCAUACAAUUACUUGUUGGGAAGUACACCUUCAAGCACCCAACUUCAGAGCCUUAGCAAAGACAGCUUCAUUGGAAAUGCUAAACUUUGUGGUGCGCCUCUUAGGAUAAAUUGCACCAAAGACGAGGAAUCUCAUGGUUCAACACCUGUUCACAAAAAUGGAGAUGAGUCUUAG